ACUGUUGUACUGUCUGUUUGGGAUCUCUAAUCUCGCAACUCGUGCAUGUGGACGAAUGGUAGGGAUCAGUAGCCCUCAUGCAGUGGCAUUUCAUUUGCCAGAGGAAGAUCCAAAUGCAAUAUCUGCUGCUGCUGCUGCUGCUGCUGCUGGAUCAUCAAGGCCGAUAUGUCGUGGUGGCAAGGACACCCCAAGCACAUCUAACUUUGCUGGUUCUAAAGUGACGCCAGUGUCAAUAGAUCCAGUUUGUGGUGUUCAUGAGUAUAUGGUUAAGGCAGCCCUGUUGCAACUGCGUGCUUACCUUAUUGAUGAGGAUGUCGAGGUUAUUGAGCUUGCCGCGGAGACGCUGAAGGGGUUGCUGGCGACUGAUAAAGCCUUUCGUGUUUUUGAAUCACUUUCUGCAAAGGAGAGAAUGUAUUUGGAGGUACGUUCGAGAGGUGUUCAUGUGAAGAAGGUGGAGGACAUGGUACUCAAAGCCAAGCAGGAGGGUGCAAAAUUGUCUACUCCAUUGGAUGAGGAUGCACUUUGGAUAACUAAAGGACGGACUCACGAGCAAUGGGUGUCUGCAGUCACAGUUUCACUGCUGGAGCACACAAAUGACACUAUUUUACGGCUUUGCCAGGUCAUGGCAGCACGAAAAGCAUCACUUGCAGAACUACUUUUUCCACACGUGUUGGCAAGCUUAGCUGGGGAGCAUGGUGCUGAUGGAGAAAUUGUGCAGUGCAUAUCCAGACAGCUUGAGAAGCAUGUAUUCGGCAAUCAGAAUGACAACACAAGGACUAUCCAGAUGUUGUUAGAUGCAUUGAAUUCCUUAAGGAGGUGCUAUGUCUUCGCAAGGAUGAACCCCUCUGCUGUACUAUCAAGGCGCCGGGAGAGUGCCAAGGGUAUGAUUGGGAGUGGGAAUGGCGGAUCUCUAGGGGCAGGAGCUCUGGAUGUCACCCCGGGGAAGAGGUCGAGAGUGGCACGAAAUAAUAUUGCUGGUGUUGAAGGUGAAGGUCAGCAAGAUGAUGGAACACCACUAAGCUGGCAAACGGUCUAUUGGGUGCAUGUGAACUACUUAACAGCAGCAAAAGCAGCACAGAAAUGCGCUGCAUAUUUUACAAGCCUUCUGUAUGUGGAACAUUGGUACGAAUCACAGUUUGGAAGGUUGAUACUUGGUGAGCCUGACUUCUCGGAUGAUGAUCAGAUACCUCUUCAUGAGCAGCUUCUCCUUGGUGUUUACACGAAGAUCAAUGAUCCUGAUGGUAUACGUGCAGUCGCUCGAACUCACAAGGUGGCUUCACAACUUGCUUUGUUUGAGCAUGAGGGAAGAUGGGACAAGGCGAUGGAAAACUAUGAUCUCCUUUUGCAGGCUUCCAGAUCAAAGAGGAGGGAAGCAUUGAAGGGUUUUCGGUUUUGUGGAGGGGUAGCGACCGUGGAACAGCCCAUCACUGGGUGUGGAACUAGACGUUUCGGGACGCCAGGUGGUUGCCUGCUUAACGAAGCACUGGAUAAUGUAAAGCAAUCAAAAUCUGCUUUUGAGAGGAGGGAUUGGGGGAUGCAGAAAGGGUUGCUCAGAUCCUUGCAACAAAUGGGAUGCUGGCACAUAGAGGGCAUGUACAGCCAGGGCUUAUUUGCACGAGUAAAGGAGCCUGAUACAGAUCCCGAGUUUGCAGAAUUGCAGUGCGAAGCAGCAUGGAGAGCAGGCAAUUGGGAUCUGAGACUGGAUAUGACAAGGGAAUCGGAUGAUAUGACGCUUCUCAGCACCAGAGGUGAUGCAUCCCUGGAUUUUCAUGCUGCUUUACAUCGCUGCUUAGGCACUCUGGUUCAAGGUGAUCCAAGCCUAUUCUGCUCUGCACUUCAACUUGCUCGACAGGGAAUUGUUGAGAGAAUUGCUCAGAUGAGUGCAGAAAGUACUCAAAGCGUCAAUCCAGCAAUUGUAAAGCUUCAGAUGUUAAAUGGUGUUACAGAUGCAUGGGCUGUCCGCUGGCCGAAUUUCCCUCUCAUCCACUACAUUUCACCGCCGGAUGGCCUUGGCAGCCAAGCAACCCCUAUGAGAGGAAUUGCAGGACCUGGUGUUGCUCAUCAACCUUCAGAUUCCGAGAUGGAUUUGCUCGAGCUCGCCUGGAAAGAGAGAUUGGACCAGAUGCAAGGUCACUAUGAUCUCUUGGAACCCUUGAUUGCUUUGCGAGGUGUCCUCCUCCGGUCUUUGGACCGUGAGGAUCGUUUUCUUUCCCAUCUUCAAGAAGCUGCACGGAUUGCACGGAAGGCUGGGCGAUUGAACCAUGGAGCAAAUGCUGUCCAUGAAAUGAAAUUGAUUGGCAAGUCCAUUGCAACAGGUCCUGGCACAGCUGCAGCACCAGAAUCUAAUAUAAGAAAGCCGCAGAAUUCUGCAGUUGUCGAUCUGAUUGAUGGAAGGGUUGAAGAAGCAAAGCUGCUGUGGACUCAGGGGCAACAUAACAUGGCCGUGAGUUUGGCAAAGUUUCUCCUACACAGUGCUGAGAAGAGCCCGAAGAAUGCAGCCCUCCUUUCCCUUACUGGAAAAUGGUUGGCUGAAACACACUCAGCAAGUUCAAGGGUGAUAUUGGACCAGUAUCUUGCCAAGGCAGUGCAAUUGGUGCAAGAACGGGAAGUCUUGGAUGUAGGACAGCCUGCCACUGGAGCUGGCCAAAAUGGAUUAUGUCUGUGCCGAGGCCAUUUUCGGCUUGCUCGUUAUGCUGAUGCUUUGUAUCGUCAGACUGAAUCCAGACUCAAUUCCAGUGAAUAUUUGGCUGCACUCAAUCUCAGAAAUCACAAGUCAGCUGAAUUAGAGGCGCUCACUGAGCAAAUCCGAAAAGCUGUAAAGUUGGACGACAAAAGAGCGCUUCAGAUGAAGGCGGCUGAGUUACAGAAGACGUUGAUGUUGGAUGAUGUUGAGGACCGUCAACUAGUGGAUGACUGUGAAGAGUUUCUGAAGACUGCUCUGCAGAGUUACAGAAUGUGCUUAAUCACGGGGGACAAGUACGACAUUCGUGUGGUUUUCCGCUUGAUAUGUGUGUGGUUCAACCUAUCGGGGCAGCAGCAAGUCAAUCAAGAAAUGCUGGAGACAAUCGAUAAGGUGAUGUACUUUCCCAUUGGCCAUCUGCUCAUAUGCGACAUACAUACUAAAUUUACUUAAAUGUCUAGCUCACACUGUUCUUGUGUGCUUUCUUUUCUUUAUGUCCAAAAGAUAGGUGCCUUCACCUCACCCCAUCUGUCAAUGUUUUUUUCUAUUCAGCUUGUCUAUGAACUAUCCCCUCCCUGAAAAGCAAAAAAUUUAGCCUUAAAGCCACAGCUCCGUUUCCUUGUUGAGAGAGUUCCUAUUUCACUUCCUAAAACUAGUUGUCCCGGUGUAAUGACUGCAACAACCCUCGCAAAGUCCCUGCUGAACAGGGCUCAGGCGAACAGCCCUCGCAUGACCCCUAAAGAAUCAAACUGAUUCAAAGUU